GUCUUAUUAAAAGUUUAUUUAACAUUAAUUAUAUUUAUCUUUUAUAAUAUUACUGAUACUGUUAAUUAAAAAUCUACUGUGUGUUGCAAAUAUGACGUCAGCAUCGACAAGCAGUGCUCGCUCGUUAUUUGCGGAGUCAAAGCAACGACUUGCUGAGAGGGUUCAAGUAAACAUGAACAAUAUAGCCUCGCUAUCUCGACAGAUCCAGCGAGGCUCUAAGUCCAAUGAGCUUUUAAUGAAAGCGGCCAGGGAUAUAGCCUCAACUGAACAUCUAAUGGAGAGCAGCGAAGAGAACUUGAAGAAGAUGCAGCUGAUUGCUGUGCACAUGGGCUACCAAUAUGAAAAUAUACAGAAAUCAGCUGAAAUGGUCCCCGAAAUCAUUGAAAAAGUCAAUACAAUGCAGAGAUGAAAAUAUUAAAGUUUGUGUGAUUCUUGAUCUCAUUUUUAGGCAACUAUAUCUAUGUUUGUAAGUCAAAUAAGGGACAUUUUUUGUGCAGAAGUCAAAAAAUAAAUAAAAAUAAUAACAA